UUUAUUUUGAUGGAAUUAGGGUUUUGUAGAGGUUCGUGUUGGUGAUUGAGUUUUUAGAUCUAGAUUCUAUAGGUUUUGGGAUUGAUGAAUUUUGGGUUAGCGAUUUGAAGAUUGGCUACAUUUGUUUUCGAACAUUUGAUUUUGUUGCUUGAAAAGCUACAUUUGGUGUUUCUGUGGACCUGAAAAAUGGAUGUAUUUGGAGACUACUAUGGAGGCACAGACUUAAAACUGGUCAUCAUUUUCACAAUUACUCAUUGGAUAUCGCGAAGCUUAACUACUGGAAACAUUUAAUUGUGCCAUUACAACGGAAAUUUAGGUUUUGAGUUGCUUUGUUAUGUGUCUGCAUCACUCUAAAGUGACAUUCGCUUUGUAAUUUACGGAAUUAAAGGGUUGUUGUUAAAUUGAUUAGGUGCUAGUGUUUUUUUUAAAGCAGCUUCCCUUGUUAUCGGUAUGCAAUCCUGAUUUUUCUUUACAAUCUUGCUGACAUGCGCCUUCUGCACCGAUGUUCAGUAACUGCUUUGAUUCCCUUCUGAGUGUAGCUUAUUUUUAUCCGAGUUUCUUGUGGAAUUCACAGCAUGUGAUUUUUGGAACUUUGGGUUUAGUUUUUCAAGGGUGAAACAGUUGCGAUUUGCUUCAUAAGCAAACAUAGUGACAGGAUUUUUAGAGUUAUUCACAUGCAUUGAAGUUCUCAUUUCCUAUUUAAUUCUAUGAUUGUUUCUCUGAUUCAAUGCCUCACUUGGGAAUUUUUCUUUUUUGAAUAAUUCCCGAAUUUGGAACUUGCUUCAAUGUGUGCAAGGCAGGAAUUCCAUGUUUAUAUGUAUAGUUACACAGAGGUGAAUUUGCUACUGGAAAACUAGGCUGUUGAAGCUGCUAAGACUGCAGCAAAGAGCAUCACAGAUGCACAAAACAUGGAUGAGGACUCAGAAUCUUCUAAGGAUGAGGAAGAAGUGGAUGAAUCUGCGACUGAAGAUAAAAAUGAUCAUGAAGAUGACAAGCUACGGAAGUCUGCUCUGGAUAAACUGGAGAAAGCUAGUGAAGAUUCAUUCCUUGGCCAGGGUUUGAAGGUUCUUGAUAACUCUGUGGAGAAUUUGGCUUCAGGAGCAUGGCAAGCAUUAGGAAGUGCAUGGAAAGGGAGUUCCAAUUUCGUUCAGAAGCUCGAGAAUUCUGCUGUGAACCUUGCUGAAUCUAUUCACCAAGGUGGUCUUCCUGCAGCUGGUUCUGUUGCACCAUCCUUAAUAGAGACUGGAAAAGCUUUUACUGCAAAGGGAAUGCAAGUGCUGGAGCUUGUUGGUAAGGAGACCAUGGACUUACUGAUCACAGAGACUGGUAUUGAAAUUGAGAAGAGUCCUAAUGAAGUGGAAGAAAAAGCUGGAGAGGAUCAAUUAUUUGAGGAAGUGACAUUUGAUCGAUGCUUCUACAUCUACGGGGGACCAGAGCAAUUGGAGGAAUUGGAGGCAUUGUCUAAUCAUUAUGCAUUAUUAUUUAACCGAAGAAAAGGAAAAUUACCAUCUGAGCAAAAGUCUGUUUAUGAUGGAAAGCUUAAACAUGUCCAGCAAAUUCUCAGUUUAAGUACUGAAAUUGAUGGAAGUGGUGCAGAGUCAGACAAAGGAAAGAAAGUAGAAGCUGGGGGGGAAGGACAUGGUGAUGAGAUGAAAAUUUUACAUGAUUCAAGUGUCAGCAAGGCUGCAGAUAUGGCUGCUGGGUUCACGAGUGCCUUGGCAGGACUCACUGCAAAUGAUAUAAUUCAAAGGACUGCUGGCAGACUAGAUUCUCUUCACUCAGAGGGGGUUCAUAGGCUCUCGGAAAUGUGCUGUUUUGCGGUUUCUCAACUUCUGUUGCUUGGGAAAUCCAUCAUAUCUAAUGCCAACAAAGUUGAGGAAGAUGCUGAUGAGGAUAUGAUGAAUAUUGAAUGGCCUGAGGAUUCCGUUGAAAAAGCUAAGAUAAUCAGAACAAAGGCACAAUCGAUGACAGGAAAUGUUGAAGCAGUUUCCAACAGUUUCAUUACAGGUAUCUCCGAUGUAACUGAAGCUUAUCUAGCGGCAAUAAAGGGGGCCACUGCAGAUUCCCAUGAGGUUCUUCCACAGACAUCCAUCCACGACAAAGCCAAUCUCUUCUCUGAACAUCUGCGUGCCGAUCAGACCACUGCGGUGAACAAAAUUCAGGAUGGGCUCCAAUACUUGUCUUUCGUAGUCGUCUCUACUACAAUGCCUGCUGCUUGAAAACUAGUGAAAUUCUCGACCCUCACCAUAUCAUCUUUAAUUUUUCUCAUUAGUUUUUAGUUGUAAAUAGUUGCAUUUCAAUGUGGGGCCAACCUUGUGUCUGAUUUUUAAACUUUACACGCUUAGGCCCACGAAAUUGCUCUCAUCCAGAAAAUAGAAGAAACAUUUUCUUUACAUCUCUCCCGUUCAUCUGCUGUAUUUACACCUGAUCUGAGACGACGAUUUGGUUCUAAUAGAAGCCAAAUGUUCCGAUCAAUGCGCCAUGUACUUAAAAAUUAUUUUCUAUUAGAAGUUGUCAAA